GUGAGUGCCGCUGGCUGACGGUGGCGCUGCUGAGCUGUUUGUUUACUACAGAUGGUGCUCGGUCUGCCUCCACCCUACAUACAUUAGUCAUGUUACCACCCUCACCAUUCACCAUGCAAUAACUAUGGAUACCCCAGGAAAAUCUGCAUGUGAGGCGGGUGAGGGAGAGCUGACUUGCUCUGAAGAUAAGCCAGUAGUAGCCGAGACAGCAGCAUCAGGAGCCACAGAAAAAGACUCGCAGCAGGAGCCACAAAAUACUGAUAAACCUGUGUCUGCUGGUACUCAGGACCCAGAGAAUGUGUGUCCCAAAGUGCCUUCACAAACUUCACAUACCUCCUUAACUCCAUCACCAUUGGAGCAGGGGGAGAGAAACUUAGGAAAUUUAACCAUAGUGCCAACUGUAGAGGACAAUCCUGAAAAGCAGAGUGCUGUAGGUCUGCCUGAUCUUCUAACUGAGAGUUUUGAAAGUGAACUAAAGAAUAGUGAGUUAAGCGCCUCUGGCGAGGACCAUGAACGAAACAGCUCGGAACUAGUUGAGCAGCUCAGUGUGAAACUUGAUAAAGAUGAUUCAAAACCAGAGGACUGUAGUGGUGUUUGUGGCUGGAUAUCACAGGGAGAAUCGGUGCUGCCUUCCAUGGGUAUCCUACCUGAAGCUGAGGAGAUCCCUACUCAGGCUUCCCAGCCCCAAAGAUCGCAACCAACUGUUUCAUCAGCAGUGACAGCUGCUCCAGGCUCAGAAAAGCGCAGUCCUGAACCUCACCCUGUUGACCCCUCAGAUGUUGUGCACAAGAUCAAGAAGAUCAAGUGGCAGGAUAUUGAGGUGCCCAUUAUCACACAAAAUAACAAUGGUCCUUGUCCACUUCUAGCAAUUGUUAAUGUUAUGAUUCUUAAGGGUCAGAUUACACUACCAGCGGACCGAUCAGAAAUCACAGGGGGUGAGUUGGUUCUGGUGGUUGGAAAUGCAUUAUUCGAUCAGCCAAGAAAUUCUCUGCCCUCAGAGAUGAGGCGCCAUGUUGAGAAAAACACUGAAGAUGCCAUCAGUAUUUUACAUAAAUUGCUCACUGGCCUUGAUGUUAAUGUUAAGUUUUCUGGUGUUAGGGACUUUGAAUUUACGGGUGAGCUGUGCGUGUUUGACCUGCUUGGCAUCAUGCUGUACCAUGGGUGGGUGGUAGACCCCUCCAGUGAGGCAGCUGCUAUCAUUAAAGACUUGUCCUACAACCAGCUCACAAACAACAUCUUUGCCUGGAGAGAAGAAGCUAUAAAAAACAAUAACAAUGAUCUUCUGGUGAAAGCCAUGUUGUGUGAGGAGUUUAUGACUAACAGUGGGUCCCAGCUGACUAUCCAUGGACUGUUUGAGCUGGGGUCUUCCCUGGUACGGGAGGAAAUAGCUGUCCUUUUCCGCAACAAUCACUUCUCCACCAUAUAUAAAAAAGGGGACCAACUAUACCAGCUGCUAACUGAUCAAGGCUUCCUACAUGAAAACAUGGUGUGGGAAACACUUAAUGAUGUGGAUGCCACUUUCUCCGAGUUCGUGAAUGGAAACUUUGAGCCCAUCCCUCCUGCUCCUGAACCAUCUUCUUCAUCAGCUAGUUCUACUCAGAAUAUGACCAUGCAACAGCAAAUCAGUUCAGAUCAACAGUUGGCAGCAAUGCUCCAGCAUGAAGUAGACCUGCAACAACGUCAACAACAAUCCUUUGAACGUUUGAAGGACUCACUAGGUCUACAUAAUAUGUCAGAUGAGGAAAUAGCCAAGAAGUUACAGGAGGAGGAGAAUCGGAUAGCGGCAGAAGCAGAGGCAGAAGCUAACGCACCUCCACAGACUACGGCCGUUCCACCUCCAGAGACUCAAAGCCCACCCCAACAGCCGCCACACACACACGAGGAAAAGAAGAAAAAAGAUUGUGUGAUCCUUUGAGACUCCUGGAAGCUGUUGUCACCUCAAGCUGAUGCUCCAAUACCCUGAGUUGCUGAGAUUGUCUACAGCUGUGUAUCAUUGUUGAAUCAGAUCGCAAGUUUUUAGUGUAUGAUACUUUGUGAAGAUGAGAGACCUUGAUUAUUAUGUCAGUCUUACCUAAAAAGUCUCUCCUCCCUAGUCUGAUUUUUGUGAAAAAGAAUUUAGUUACAUAGCUCAGAGAGCAAAGAACAUUUAUAUACUGAAGCUUGAUUUUAUUUUGAUAUACAGCAUUAUUUGAGAAAUGUUUUUGCUCUGUACACUAGAUAGCUUCUACCAAGUGCAGGAAGUUUCCUAAACUAAACUUUUAAAUAUGCAGAAUCUACCCAUUUCUGAGAGAUUUAUAAAUAUAGUGAUUUUUUAAAUUUCCUUUUUGCUCAUCAUGGCAUUGAUGAAGCUUGUGUGAUGAAAGGGGUCUCUUGGUGUCAAAUGAGAACUCCAUCUUUUCUAAUCAGCUUUUGAUAAAGUUUGACAUGAACUUUCCUUGGUCCAUUAUCUUGGGUGGCAUUGAAUAUUAGUGAUUUGUGAUCAUUGUGGUCUUGUUAAAAAUCUCGAAAUUGGUGAUCUUCAACAUGGUGAUUAAGAAUCCAGAGUAAAGAAAAGUGUGAUUCAGGUAAUUUAGUCUUGCUAAUAAUGCCCCUUGAAAUAUUUUCAGCCAUUCUCGCCAGAUAUUUUCUCACUUCCUUUAAGCUCUGUAUACAUAGUCUGAUUAACACUGCCUUGUUAGAAUUAAGUUACCAAAGCAGUUUAACAUAUUACAGUACUGUAAUUCCAGGUAAGAACAAAACAUAUGGACCCCCAAAUUCCUGAACUUGAUAUUUUGAAUGCAUUUUUUUUUUCUCAACGUUAGUACAGUCCUUCAACACAUUGAUUAAGAACCUGGGAUUAAAAAUCUUUAAGGUAAUUUUUGCUUGUUAGUAUUUGGGGUUUGUGCUGUUUACUGUUAACAUGUAGCUUAAAAUUCAGUUAAACAUCUUAAUUUUCAGUUCCAAGAUAAAAAAAUAAAAAAAUCUAAAGCUAUAUAUAUUUUUUGGCCAAUACUGUAUUCAUUAUGGCGACGACGAAUCCUAUGUGAUGGAAGGGUGUCUUUUUGUGUCAUCUGUCUGGUGUCUGUCUGUUGACACAACUCUGAAAUGCAACUCCUUUUUUCAGAUUUUCCUUUUUCUUGUUUCCUUCUCAUUGCCCAUUAUUCCCUUGUUGUUAUUGUUUUCUUUUUCUUCUCCAUACUUCUUCCUUGUCCCCUAGACCUUCCUAUUUCUUUGUCCUGUAUAUUCUUAUCAUAUUUUACUUGUUUGUCAUAUUUCCAUGCUAUUCCUCUUUCCUUCAUGUCUACCCAAAUAUUUCUUGGUUAUCCUUUCAUUAUUUUGUGUUCCCAUGUUUCAUUGUUGCUGUUCUUUUGUCCUUGUUGUCCCCCUUCCUUCCUUCCUUCUCAGCACCCCUACAUUCCUGGUAUUCUCUUCUUGCUAAUUCUAUUUUCCCUCUGCUUGUCAUGUCACCUGUCACCACAUUUACCCUCAAGAGUAAACAUGAUAUCCAUGAAUAGGUUUUGUAUAGUAGAGUUUUCCUCUCCAAGUUUCCCUUACUGUGAGAGUGAUAAUUCUUAAUCUUUUUUUUUGUCUUGUACUCUUUUAUGGGUUAAUAUCUUGUGUGGUGGAUGAAUUAUCUUGAUUGUUUUUAUAAUCUUAUGCGUAUCCUGUUGCUGGUGAAGAAUCAGUCGUUAUGUGGUUUCCGUUUUAGUGUGUUGACAUUUCUAUUAUUUUGAUUCCUGGUGACAUUGUUCAGUAUGUUGUCCUUGGAAAACUUUUGCAGGUUUGGUAAAAAAAAAAAAAAAAUUAUUAAUUUGAAUGUUGUGUCAAUUUUGUGAAAGAUGUGUAAGUAUACACCUGGUGAGUUACUUAAUUUAGAGGAUUCUUUAAUCUCAGUGUUGAUGUUUCCUGAGUGAUUUAUAGUCAUUCACGUGUCCUUUAGAGGUUAUUUCUCAGUUCAGUUACUUGAAAAGGGUUAUAAAGGUAGCCUGGGCAGCAUUUUUAAUUACAGGUGUAUCAUGAAUAAGCCUCAGGACAUUGCAUAAAACAUUGAUAUUCAUAUUGCACCUGUAAUGAUGAGGCAACAGGCAAGAGUCAGUUGCAAGUAGAUGAGGCCCUAACUACCCUAAAGGUUUUACUUCAUUGAUCUGAUUCUGUAACUUGAUUGUUCUUGAUUUUCAAGAAGAAAUUUCAUAAUUAUUUUCUUGUUAGGAAUUGUCAUUUGAUCACAUGAUAUGAAACAGUUUGUAAACAUCUGCUGGACAAUGUGUAUGUGUAUGUGGCAGACAGUCCUACAACAUACCUCCUUGAUUAUCUUGGCCAUCAAAUUUUUUUAAAUGUAAAGAACGUGUUUUAUGCAUAACAUAUAUACAGUAUGAGAAUGAUAUGUCCUUAUGGGCAAGUUUAUUGUUAAUUCUUGAAAAUAAAUGAGUUAUUGGUAAAUAUAUGAUGUGAUUAGACACCAUAACAUAAUAUGCUCAGUAUUUGUUGUAUGAAAUUUAAGUCCUUGGAAGCAUGGAUAAAAUUUUAUUUAGAAAAAGAUAUAAUUGGUGAAGGAAGCUGUCGUUAUUCUGUUUAAGGUACCAUGAAAUAGUUACACCUCAUUCAAACACUGUCAAGUGUUCUUGUUUGCAUAUAUGUCUUCUGUCUGAUGUUAAGAUGUGUUUUUUUUUACAGUGAAGCUCUUCAACCUAUUCAUUUGUGGUAUUACACAUUCACACACAUAUGCACACUCUUGAUUUGCAUUUAUCUGUAUUUACUGAUCUUUUAAUAAUAGUUUCAGUCUAACAGCAAAUUAUAAAUAAAAGUUUUUCUUUGAAUACAAUGUUCCUCAUAUCCAUACAACCAUCAAUAUCUUUGCCAAUGGCUAAAAUUAUUGUCUCCUCUAUAUUAUACUUCCACUGUCAUCUUUCUUUCAUAUAUAUCCUCUGUUUUACCUCUUUCCUUACCCUUAUUUUGUCUUUUCUUUCACAUUUUGUACUCACUGGUUUCUUUAAUACAGUUAAUACUGCCAUAAGUUUUUCAUCAGUCGUGUUUCACAUAAACAUAUUCCUUAACAUUCAGUGUACAGAGUGUCUUUAAUGUUUGCCGUCAUACAUUGACAAGCUCAAGAACACCUUUAUUUUAAUUAGUGUAACAAUCAAUACAAAGGGACUAAGAAACAUUGACAGGGACUUUUGUGACACACUGUACUUAAGUUUAGCCUCACCCUCUGAUUUCUCAACGUCAAAUACACUAAACGUGCAGAUAUUUCUCAUGCACUGUUGCUCCAUUAGUGCACAUUCAUGAAUGUCUUACCAGUAGGUUGAAAGAAGAGUUAGACUGCUGUGUGGAUGUAUUUUGUCACUUUAACCCUCAGGUGUUGUAAGACCGGUCGCACCCCCUACAUGGGCAUAAUUGGGUAAAAAAAAAAAAAAAAAUUUUCACCUUAUUAAUGGGUUAAUCAAUAUAAGAAAAAUGCCAUAAGAAUGUACAUACAUUCAACUUUCAUUGUAGCAAAGUUGGAGUGUUGGUGAGCAGUGUGGGGUGGUGAAAGAUGUCUUGCUUAAAGCUACUGCACACGGCCCACAACAAGCAGGAAGUGACACACACAACACAUUUCUUACUUGAAGGCACUUUGUAUCAUAUUUUUUUCUUAAAGCUUCUACAAAACACAAAAUGUUUAUAUCUUCCUCAAAAGAACUAUAAAACACUGAACAGGAAUAUCACCCGGGGUUUAAGGACUAAAGAGUCACUUCAUAUAUUAUUUAAUGUGUUAAAGGGUUACAACACAUGUUAAAAAAAAGACGUUAAACUCUAUCAUUUCAUUCUAAUUAAAAAGGGAGCUUGAAGAUUGGGAUACUAAUCAGCUGUUAUUUUUACAAAACCUAAUACUAUAUUGCAAAAGUUGGGACAUUGAAGGUGUUUGAGUGUGUUGUCCCUUCUCAUUUGCGGGAUACACUCUACCUAAGUUCAUGUGUAGGACCAUCUAUUCCUUCCUCAGAUAUAUAGUACAUUUUUCAGCCUUUUUAGGGAAAGCUUCUUCACACACUGUCCUUGCAUUCAGCUAUUGUUCUGUGUAAGUUUUGUAUCUACAAAUAUUUAUCAUGCUAUUUUACCUAAUUUUUUUUGGUUUUCGUUGUAUUCCUCUGAUGCUUUAUCUCUGAUCCUGCAUGAUCUUUACUUCAUUACAGUGUUUGGAUGAGGCUUCAAUAUCACAAGAAUUAAUUCAAUAAAACCAAAUGAAAAUAGGAAAUGAGGCUGCAGGUGUUUGAAAUCAUUAAUGCUUUGCAUGUCUCAAUCAUAUACCUGUGGUCAUCAUUCCUAGUGAUUUUUUGUAAUGCAGUCAUCAUAAGGCUUACGACAGCCACUUCCUCAAUAGUUAAACUUACUAAUGAAAGUAUUUUGCAUGUUCUUGUAGUUAAAUGUAUGAGUGAAAAAGUUUAUGAAGUCACUUGAUGACACAAUGAAACUAUUUUUUUGGUGUUUUUACAAUGUACAUGAAAUUAUUUUGGACUUGUGGCAAUUCUGUAUGUACGGUCGUGAUCCAAAGUUUGUAUCCAGGCCUUGUCACAGCCGGUUAUCCAGAAGGGCCUGGUCACUGAACACCGUCCUCUUUCCCCUCCAAUGAUAGUUGGUGUUGUAGUUGAGACUUUCAACACUUCUUGACCAUGGCCAGGAUUUUUGUAUGUUGUCAAGUCCAUGAUUAUUUUAUUACGAGAGAUACCGGGCUGCUUGCUUAAUAACAUAACUACUGUGGCAGGAGUCAAACUAAACAAAAUGUGUCUAUCAAGACCAAAAGUAAGUGAAGUAAAUAUUAAGGUACAGUAAGUUUAAAAUAGAAAGCUGUAUAUGAUUUAAUAACAUUUGAAUAGAAGUUGACGUCGUUGCAAAAGCCAACAUGACAGCAGCAUUAAGGCUUCGACACAUGUGGUAGGUCAACACUUACUUUUAUAUUUAAACCCACGAAUUAAUGAUUUCUCGGGCUAACACCUGUGUUGAUAUCCUAAUUUUUAUACCUCUCCAUUACUCAUUAUUCAGUAUUGUGUUAAUGAUAUUAAUUGAAACUAGCGGCAAUGACGGGUUCUUUGUUUCUUCUACAGCCGCACCUUGUCUGCCCAAAAUAACUGUGUUGGCCUCCCAUCUCUAAGAUUUUAUCAUCAUUAUUAUGAAACUUAUACAGUUAAAUAACAAAUAUGUACCCAUCAAUAAUCUCAUGCCAUCUGGCAACACACGAGCUAUCAUUGGAAGGGUAUGGGGCAGUAUUCCGUCACCCGGCCCCUUUGGAUCCCCAGCUACGACAGGCCUGGAUACAAAUUUUGGAUUGUGACUGUACUUGGUGUUUUCAUAAGCAUGUUUAAAAUAUGUUGACAGGAUUGUUGUUAGGGUACAUAUUUUAGUCAGUGUAAUUCUGCAAUGCCUCAGAAAGACAACACUAUUUAGAUGUAAUUUUUGUAUGCAUUUUAUAUGCGAAUAGUAAGAGAACUUUUGAUAAUGAGAUUUGGAUCUAAGUUAAGGAGUAAGUGAUUGCUCAUCAUGCUGUACAUAUAUUUAUUUUUCAUAAUCUCAGCUAACGGUCAAAUCCAGACGACCAACUCAAAUCUACUACUAAUACCAUAUUUGGUGAUAUUGCUAAUGGCUAUCCUCUAGACAUAGUCAGGUAUUUGUCUUGCACUUUUGCACUUGCUGAGUAUGUAGUCACAGUUUUUAGUGGUAAAUGUGUGCUCACAUGUUUAGCAAGUGUCUGUAAAGUAUGAGUAACAUGCCAUAACCUGUUAUGUGAGUUAAUCUUCCAUGUUUUGAGAACUUGACCCCAGAACAGUUACCAAGUUCAAUUAUUUUAGGCUUGUGCAAUUGAGGUUCCUUAUGUAAGUUUGAGUAAAACUUGGGACACUUCAUAUAACACACUCAAUUUUUUUUUUAUAUAAGUUACAGUAAAAGGAGAACAUAGAAGACUGAAUCUCACCUCAAAGCUAGGUAUAAAUCUAAAGAUUGGGUCUCAUUCCACUUGACUAAUGACAGAAAGAGAUAAAGUAUUUGUCAUUUAGCUUCAAUCUGUAGUGGCACUGUAUGAGUGGGAUAUAUUUUGCUGUGGUUACGUUUGAGUGUUAAGAAAUUGAGUACAGUAAUGUGGUUAUGUUGAAGACUUCUGUAAAUAUGUCAAGUGUUACAAAUAUUCAAUUACUAUCAUGAGAAAUAGUUCUCCUCUAGUGUGACCCUAAAUGUACUGUACAGUAUUUAAUAUUGCUGGACCCAAAUGAUGAAGGACACACUACAACUUAAUAUUAUCUGUAUCCACUUAAUCAGCAUCCAAGUAUGUGUGAUAAGGCAGAUUAAUAAUAAUAUUUGUAAAAAUGAGAAAAAAAAUAUUCAUUGCAUCAUUGAGUUGUUAUUGUGUUGCAUUGGCGAACAAAUGUGGUGUAGUUGUGGCCCUGAAUAUUACUGUUACAUCACCAGAAUACAUUUGUUCAGAGAGUUGUUGUAACAGUAAUGUUCCCCAGCCUCCAUGCUGCAGAUUUGAGCCUCCACCAUGGCACAUAGUUAUUUAAUGGCAUUUUAAAAAUUAUUAAACAAAAAUCACAUAAAACAAACAAAAAAAUCAAUAAAAUGAGUAAAUUACAGUAGUGGAAUCGUUAAGUCCCAGGUAUUUCUCUUAUAAUUUUGUAUUUAUCUUUAACACUAUUGACUAUAGGUAGUUAUUGAUCAUAAGAUUUUGUUUCAAGUACAGGAAUUUUCUGUGAUUUAGUUACUUUAACACUAAAGAAACUCUUAAACCUUUAAGAGUUGGAGAAUGUUCAACACAUACAAAGAAUAUUAUUGUUCAUUUUUGUACUCAGCAUAUUACUGUAUUGAGCUGUUUUAUCAGAAAUGCUGUUGACGUGAACCAUUAUUUCAUUAGUACCUCAUUUUGAAGACUUACUAUUUACAUUUUAAUAUAAUACUUAUGUGAUAUGUAGUCCUUGAUUCUUUAUUAGUGAAAGAUUGAUAUAUUUAUCUAGGUGGGUCGAAAUUAAUCCGCUUGAUUUAUUAAUGAGUUUUUGAAUAGCAUUAUUAGCUUCUUUUAUGGGAAGAAUCGUGCUGGAGACAUUGUGUUUGUUGAUGUGUCUACUAUAUUCUCAAGUAUUUUCUCCAGUAUGUAAUUAAUCAAUACUGUAUUAUUUUGUGUAUUUCUGUUUUUCUUGUGAGCCUUUGUUUUUAAUUAUGUACAGUACUGGAAGCAGCUGGCUUUCAUACCAAUUCUCUCUUACACUAUACUUGUACAGCUAAAAUCAGCAUUGAUAGAUCUGUUUGGAUAUUGUGUCCCUGACGUGGACCACAAUUGGUAGCGUUUCACUAUGAAUGAUCUUCAUGUUGUUUUCUUGCAAAAAGUUAUCCUUAUUUUUUAUGAUAAUUCUGAGUGUAAACCUAAUUUUUUUAAAGCAUUGUCAUGUUGCACAGAUGGUGAUGGUAUCAAAAUGUUGCUAUUCAUUUGUAAAUUAGCUUUUAACUUGAUAGCUUUUCUUUGUGGUAGGAAUUUAAGUUUUAAUAUUUGAUUGAAUUACAUAAAUAUAUUUGCUAUAGAAUUAGUCAUAAAAUUAAUACAAUUUAAUAUUUAAAUUCAGGAUGAAAGAUAUUGUGAAUGAUUACAUACUGUAGUUAACUAAAAAGACGUUAUAGUGUUAAAUUGGUUCUCUGUAUGGCAAGAGGCCUUGCCGUCAUAUACAUUUUAUAAUGUGUCUCUCGCUUUUAUGUGGAUAUAUUUUAACUCCUCAGAGAAUGAAAAACAAAUUACAGUACUGUAUUGUACUGUCACUACUGGCCAAUCUGUUUUAGAUGUUCUCUAAAGAAUAUACCUCUUCAUUAUAAUUCUGAACCCAUUUUGAAUUUUACAUCAUUAGUGUGUGAUUAACACUAUACCAAGAUCAUAUUGCUAAUUUCAGUCAACUACCGUAUUUUAUAGCAUAUAAGAUGCAUCUUUUUCUGUCUUUUCUUCUUUUUUUUUUAAACUUCCCCCACAUCCUAUAUGUGAAGUUGGAGUCUCCCAUAGGCUAAUGAAUCCCCAGUGGCUGUCUCCAUUAGGCUAAAUUACACCUCGCCAACACCAAAAUUAAAAAUAUGUUAUUGUUUACUUAAACACAUUAUUACUUUUAAUUAACUUAAAAAGGAAUAAAUGUAAAUAUUAAAUCUGGGUUUAUAACUACCUGUACUGUACUGAUGAUGAUAACCCAAGUCUAUUAGCAUCCUUAUGGCACCCAACUUUUCAGAGAUAUGCAGUAACCAUUUCUGAACUCUUACAAGUAUUACUGUCUACAGUAUUAAUAUCAUACAGGUAUACCCCGAAAACCGACGCCCCAAUAAUAGCUGCUUCCCAUAACCAUUCAUUACAUAUAGGGGAGAUGCCCCGCAAAUUUCAUUGAUACCUCGGAGAUCCCACUAUUGGGAGAGGAGCGGCAGAGCCGUUUUGAAUUUGGCGGGAGGCGGUGUGAUGCGAAUUCUUGCCACAAUAGGACACUGUGCCCUGCCUCUCGCUCAUUCUCGCCAUCUUUACUCUUGUUUACACUUACCAUGUGUCUCUGACUUCAGGUUUUUUCAUUAUUUCCGAUUUCGUGUGUUAUGCAAUCAUUCCUAAAUCACCCAGUGAUAGAUUCUCCAGCUUGAUGUGAUGUGAUAAGACGUAACCGUUGAUUCACUAACCAACGACUUUUCCUGGUCCCUAUAUGCAUCGGUUAUUGGGGUACACCUGUACCUGCAACAUUUAUCUUAUUAUUUUUAUUAGGAAAUGUCCUUUAGCUUUUAAAGAAACUUCAAAUUAUGAUGAUGGUGAAUAACACCAACAGCCAUCACUUAUGUUUAUAGUGUCUCACUAACACGUAGCAUCAUUAUUGGCAGGCAGCAAAGACUUGUACUGUAGUCGGGGGCCAUUUCGUGUUUUUGGAGUGCUUAGUAUGGACAUCUUACUUUUUAGUACAAGGAGUAAUAAUCAUAACAAUAACAGUUAAGUGACUAAUAACACAUUGAUUUUACUUUAAUUUUAAGAAAACUGUGGUUGGCUACAGAAGAAAAAUACACUGAAAUAUGAGAGUAUAGGUACCUUAAAAAAUAUGCCCUUUCAUCUAAUAAACCAUAAAAUACGGUGUAAAAAAUAUAUUUGUCUAAUUAAAACUUUGGAAUUUGUUUAGUGGAGUUACAGUAUGUGAAUAUUAUACUGUACUGUAUAUGGUCAAUUAUAUCCAUAAAAAUUCCACAAGUUUUCUAGAAAAAUAUGGUUUUUUCUUGCACUUUCUUCAUACUUUAAUUAGUUAAGAUUGAAAUGUAUAGACCAUAAAGAUGGGGAUAUAUUGCACAAGUAACAGAUGGGUUGGUCAGCUUUUUAUCUGAAUUUGUUUUCAGAUUCCCUUAUACCAAGUGGUGGAUCCUAUUCUGUGUACUUUAUAGUUUUGAAUUACUGUAUAGCAUCUAUUCUCAUUAUGUAGCACAAUACUUGCUGAGCUUGUUAGGACAAGGGUAUUAGAUUAUAGUUAUUAGUUCAUUUUCAUGAGAAAUGGUUUGGAUAUACAGUAUAUAGAGCACUAUUUUAGAAGAUGAUAGACGAUGUAUAGUUCCGGCCACAUGAGAUAGAGACUCCGUCGUAGCCCCUGCCCACUUCUGGCCUACGAGUUAGCACUGUCGAUUCCUCUGUUCACGGUGGAAAAUCUAUUUCUUUGAGUUUAAAUAAAACUUGAGUUUUCAUUGUUUUAUAAUUGUAGGAUGAGUGCUCAGUAUGUGGACUUAUUAACAAUAUGUUUUCUCAUUAAGAGACUAUUCAGAAUAAUCUCAUUAAUGAGAAGGGGAAUGAGUCUCCUGAUGUUGUGUUGAAAGCAGCUGUUUCUCACCCUGUGGCACAUCAUUCCCCUCUACAUGCUGCUGAUAUGAAGCCAGUAAUAAGAGCUGCCAUCCAUUCGAGUUGGCAAUGCAGAUAGGAUGCUAUCAAAGCAAACAGGCUCCACGACAUCCACCCUGCAUUGGGUGCAUGGGUAUAUAAUGGACUGUCGUGCCGCUGGGAGACUGCUUUGGCCCGCCUCCGCAUUGUGAUGACUACCUGGUCUCAUUGACUGUCCGACACCCCCUAGUGGAGUACCCCAUACUACCCCAGUUUCGGAAAUCUUUGUCGUAAACACCUCUCAAAGUGCCAGGGAGGAGACGGGUCUUACCGUUUCUCUUUGGUGCUCGGGGGGUGGGUAGCAUGGGAGGGGAUGUUCUCUCCUUCGUGGAGGAAACCAGCCAUCUACACAAGCUUUGAUUUUUAAUCCCUAACUGUAACCCGCCAGCCAGAAGCAACCCAAAACUCGUGUACAGUGUCUACAACAGCAUCUAUAUUUCAUUUGGCCAUAACUGUACAGUAUACUGAUAAAGUUAGUUGCAAAAUACCAACUAGGUUUGUCAGCUGAUUACUUUACAUAGUAUUUGUGAUGUAAAGGAAGCUCUCGUAUGUUAAUGAAAAAAAAAGGGGGUUUCAUAGUGCAGAAUGAUGGUGUGCCAAGAAUAGAAUUUGAUAUAAUAAAGACUGAGAUUAGGGUUAUGCCAUUGUACCUGUCAUGUAGUUAAAGGAAUGUAGACUUGAAAUAAGAUAUAAUGGAGACGCAAAUAGGAGUACAGUACAGUAUAGGCAUUUAAAAAUGGAAGACACGUGAUCACCAUGGGAUACAGUAGGUACUGAAACAAGUGAUGCAGUACACUAUAUUGUAGUGUUCUUUUAAAUAGGCACCUAUACGUGAAAUGUAUGUUAUAUGAUUAGAUUUGCUACACGAUAGAAGCAACUGAAAGGCAUUUGAUUAAUAAUGGAGGAAGAUAUAGAGUGAAUGAUGUGACAUAUUGUUACAGGAGUGGAUAGUAUGGUUUGUUGAGCUUUUGUAGAUGAUUCUAUAACAUGAUGUUGGGAUGCCUGAUGGGAUUGAUAGGGUAGGAAGGGACUUCAGAGUAAGAUAACAGGUAAAACUGAAGGAUUGUGUUGAGAGUUGUGGGUUGGCUGGAUGAGUUUAUUAGUGAGAGUUGUGGGUUGGCUGGAUGAGUUUAUUAGUGAGAGUUGUGGGUUGGCUGGAUGAGUUUAUUAGUGAGAGUUGUGGGUUGGCUGGAUGAGUUUAUUAGUGAGAGUUGUGGGUUGGCUGGAUGAGUUUAUUAGUGAGAGUUGUGGGUUGUCUGGAUGAGUUUAUUAGUGAGAGUUGUGGGUUGUCUGGAUGGAUGAGUGUGGGGUGACUGGUUGGAUGAGUGUUUGGUGACUCAGUUAUUGAAGGGAAGUUUUAUUUCAGUCGUUUUAGAGAAUAAAAUAUGACUGAGGAAAAAUUCAGUUUAGCUCAGUAAUAUAAAGUCUGAAGAAGUUUAAGACUUAUUGUAAGUUACUGGUCAGUAGUAAGUAGUUGUUGACAUUUUAUUUAAGAUAAAUAUAAUUGCACUGAGUGUCUAGAAUUAUCAUCUCAUUUGAUCUAUAUUGUAGAAUACAUAAAACCAGAUUCAGGUAUUGUGCUAGACUUUAAAAGUUUUACUUAAGUUUGAUGUUUACAAGUCAAGGACAGAAUGUAUUGUGUAGUCAAAAUGUCAACACCCCUUCCUUGUUCUCAAAGCAGUUUGCCAUAAUUAUUUUUUGAGUGGACAAGUUGCUUUAACUAAUCCCUUUUGGACGUUGAUAAAAGUGCUUUUGUGGGUAUUGUUUAUACAGUACUGUAUUAUGUCAAGCCUUCCUGCAAUGCAAAUUAAUUGUUGAAAUGAUUUCCCUACUUCAAAGUCACAUAUAAUAAGGUUACAUGUUAUGUAUGGUGUUUUAUGUACCAAGCAGCACUAUCUAAGUCAUUACAGUAUUGUGUGUUCAAGUGAAUCCAUUGUCGUUCCAACACAAACACCAUCUUGGUUGCAUUUCCUUAAUACGUGUGUUUGUUACCAUGUCUUGUGAGGAACAUUGUAAGGGUUAUCAGACUUUUAGAAAUAAAACAUGAACUGAUGUACCAUUUAAAAAAAAAUAAUGAUUGAAAUUGUAUACAGUAAUAUAUAGGGGUGUUGUAUAAUUUGAACUUGUUAUAAUUAUCUGUUACCUGUUUGCUUCCCACAUGUACAGUUUUGAAUGAGUUAUUGUGGGAGUAAAGUGACCUACAGCCAUGCUGUUCUAUUUUUUGUAUACUGUACCUGACAUUCAAGCUGUCACUAUACCAAAAUUUGAAGCCUGAAAAGAAUCCUUUUAUACAGGUGUCAAUGGUCAUUACUUAACAGGUCUCAAAUUUUUAUCAGCUUAGAUAUCAGGAAAAGUUCCUUGCUUCAGAGUGUAGCUUUGUUGGUCUACUGUCAAAGUAGUGGGUUUCCUAUAUAAGAUAAUGUUAGUAUAUAUAUAUAUAUUAUUUAUAUUCAAAUGUUCCCUGCUGUAUGAGUGCUAAGAAAGAAUCAUAUUGGAAUACAAUCUUUUUUUUCUGUUAAUCCUUUGAAGCUCACCAUUAGUGUUUUUUUUUUUUUGUGUGUGUGUGUGUGUGUGAAAAAUAAGAUACUGUAUUACAUUAUAGAAUAUGUAUGGGUAUAUUUAGAGGUAAGGAUUACUGUACAGUAAUUUUUUUACUGGUAAAAUAUUGAAGUUAAAAGCAUCCAAAAUCACAACUGAAGAAAA